UUGUCCCUCUGGUUAGAAUUAUAGUAACACUUGUACAAUUUAGUGUUUCCUUUUUUCUAGAGAAAGAGGAGUUUAAUAUUGUUAGUACUAUUUCUAUCAGCGAGAUUAUCAAUAAAACUAAAAAUAUUUUAUUGGAUUUUUAAUGAUUUAAUACCAAUGGCAAGUAAUCGACAGAACUUUGAUCGUGCUAACGAACUGUCACAACAGGCUAAGCUGAUUGAAAAGAAAAGGCAAGAAAUUCAAAAGAAAUUGGAAGAGAAAAAGGUAGACCAGUUAGGCCUAACAUUAACAACAGCGCUACAGAAGCAUUCGGCCUCAAAAUCAAAUAUGAAUGCAAGAAACAGUGAACAGUCAUAUGAGGUAUCUAAAAGUAAAACUGAAACAUUUCAUCAGACCUGUAAUAUAAAAUCUACUUCGCUACCUUCAGGACAAGAUUCGACACAACAUGAAUUGGCACCAGUGGCAAUGACUAACAUUAGUAACACUAACACUGUUGUUGCUAAUGUUAGUUUUAACACUAGCAACCAAAGUGAUAAACUACAUGUGCCAGCUGCUGGGGAUCUUUUUAAAAAUGAUGGGAGUUUUCUAGAGAGAUUUAAACAGUUACAAGCAGAAAAGGAUAAACCUGGAGAUGAUAAAACAAAGGGAAUUUCCAUGAUAUUAGCUCCAAACACCAGUAAAGUCCUGAAGCCAUCUUCUGUUGUUGACAUACUCGACGAUAAUGAAGAAGAGAGCACGGUUGAAAAAGAUAGAGUGUUUCCUCUUGCGUGUUAUAUCAGAAUAAUGAACAGAGAAUCUGAUAGCCUGCUUCUAGUCUCUUCACUAGAGGAUAACAAGUCCUGUCAAGCUGUUGAGAGGGUUGCCAUAUCUGUUGCUGUCAAUGGCCAAGGUGCUGAAGAAGCAGCUCGCACAGCUAAUAUUGAUAAUCCUGCCUUUAAUUUCUUGAAUAACAAGCAAAGCUUCACAUACAAGUAUUUUCUCCAGAGAGUUAAAGAACUUACUCAAGCCAAGAAGAGGGCUGAAGCUAGUGGAAGUAUUAAAACAGAAGGAAAAUCCAGAUCAGAAUUUAAUAGUGAUAGUGACAGUAAUAGUAACAGUGAUGAGCCAAAGAGAAAAAAGAAACGUCUAAGUCGAUGGGGACCUCAAGACAAGACCUUGCCAGCACCUGGAGUGGCUGGAGUGCUAACAACUGGAAUAAUGAAUUCUCACUUUCCAGAAUUUGUUAAGCAUGAUCAAGGUUUGAUCAAAUAUGCAGUCCAAGUGUUUGGUAGAACAGAUCUGACACUAGAACAGUGGAAACAAUUGGAGGAUCAAAGGAAGAUGAGUGUUCUGUACCAAAUGAUGGAAGCUAAGCAAAAACAGAAUGAACAGCUAAGAAAAGCUGGAAAGGUUAGGUAUGAUUAUGACUCUGAUGAAGAAACAGAAGGAGGUACAUGGGAACACAAAAAACGUGCUGUGGAAAUGGAAAAGACAAAAGCUGUAGCAGAAGAACUCACUGAGUUUGGAAAAGGCAAACAUCACAUUGGAGAUUUCCUUCCUCCGGAUGAAUUAGAACGGUUCAUGGAAAAGUGGGAUGCAAUGAAAGAAGGACGUGCCCCUGACUUGUCUGACUAUAAAGACUUUAAGCUGAAAGAAGAUAACAUUGGGUUUCAAAUGUUACAGAAGUUAGGUUGGACAGAAGGCCAAGGUUUGGGAGCUGAUGGUUCUGGAAUCGUAGCACCUGUUAAUAAGGCAACAGCUCCGGUGGAGAAAGCAGGAUUUGGACAGGGGCGUCCUGAAGAAGUUAGUGUUGGAGAUGAUGAGUAUGAAGCCUACAGAAAACGAAUGAUGUUGGCCUACAGAUUUCGUCCAAAUCCUCUUAACAACCCAAGGAGGCCAUACUAUUGAAAACUUAGUGUUGCACAGUACCUUUUAUUUUCUUUAGCAUGCUAUUCAGUAUAACAUUCAAUACAGUAUUCCUAAUGUAUAUUUGUUUUUGUCCAUACUCAGGUCCUUAAUUUUCUGAAGGAUUUGUUACAAUUACAUAUUAAAUUCAACACUGUUUUUCUUUUACAAUUAAACUUUAAAAAAAAACAAUAUAUGAUUAUAAUACAAAUUUUGUUCUAGUUGUUGAGAGCAAGUGACUUUCUAAUUUGAUUGUUUCUUCACUUAUGUAUUCCCUUAAAGUAUUUGGUUCUUUUUCCAAAAAUAUCCUUUAGAUUUCAUCUAUAUGGUAUUUGUGAAUGAUGUUCUGUAUAAAAUUUAGAUUUUCUGGUUACUAGAAUUGCCCAUUUUAGUGGGGAAGAAAAGAAAAAAUGAGAAUUGGUCUAUUCUUCAGUUUGCCAAAUGUUAAUAUCAGUUACAGGUUUUAGAAUCAGUAAACCUAUACAGAAUCAGACCUGUUUUAGUAUUGAACUGCAGUUUAUGUGUAAUGUAUUUGUAAUGCUCUCAUUUUUAAUUUCUGAUUGUUGUAUUUUUCCUCUUAUUUAAAUUCUGACCAUAUUUUAACAGUAUUCUAUAAGAACUGCUCAUUGCAAAUACAAUAACAUAUCAUUUGUCUGUAAGUUGUUUGAUAUCACUGUUCCUCACUUGAUAUGAGUAAGAAAAAGAAAAAACACUUUGCAUCUCCAGAUACAAAAUUAUUAAUUCUUAAAUAUUUUACAGCAGACAUUCUUUUUGAAAAAUUAUUGUAUAUCUUAUCACCAAAGUUGUUUAUAUAAAUAGAAAAGAAAUAUAAGACCCAGUCUGUUCUUCAAUUUCACACAUUUCAUUGGAUUAGACUAAUUUUGAGGAGUUGCACCUCUCAUCAAUAACUUUUCAUAUGGCUACAAAAUUGUUGUAUUUUAUAAAUGACAUUACAAGCAGCAUAAAUAUAAUAUACAGCUCACCACUAUAGAGGUCUGUUUGUUUGUUUUGGUUUGCCCCUGUUCAAGGUUAAUGGAAGGAAUGGAAUUCCUUGAAGCUGCUCUUAGUAACUUGGCAAACUUAAGAUUAUGGCCUCCAAAUUCUCUUUUGUCAAAAUGCACAAUUUUAAUAACAAAGAAAAUUAAAAACUUUGGAAAAUGAGUUUGUUUAUUGUUGUUUUCAAUAAAUUAUAAUGGAUCUGUAGGCAUUGUCAUAGAUAUAAACGAAACACAGGGAUGAUUAAUGUAAGUAGUGCCUGGUAACCUUCUCAGAAGAUUUCUUGAAACUGAUAUUUUUUCCUUACUUCAUUUCUAACAUAUCUUGAUACAUACAUCAUUUCACAAGCUACUGUCUGUGCUUUUUAGUUUCAUAUUCUUUGCUUUAACAAUUAAAUUUCCAAGAUUAAUUUGGUUUUUAAUUUGCUGUUCUACAUAUUGUUCAAGUAGAAUACAGUAUGUAUGAUAUCACUAGUUACAAUUUAGCAUAACAAAUGAAAUAUGUAAUAAUCUUAGGACUUCAAUAAUUUUUUGUUUUUCUUGUUAGACUUAUUAGCUUCUUCAAUAUCAAUAUGUCAUUUUUGCUGCUCCAAGAUAUAGAUAGUAAAGUACAUGGUUAAAUCACCCAGACAAGUUCAUCCAGUUCAAAUAAAUAAAUUUUGAUAUCAA